UGAUUUUCUGUGAUUUUUUCUGCUUUGCUUCUCAUGUAGCUAUAUUGUUUCAAUCAUAUUUUGGAAAUCUUUGUAUUUCAAAAAUCUGAGGUUAUGAAUGACAGUUUUAAAGCAGAAGUAAGAAUAUGAUUUAUAAAGGUAAUAAGUACUGAAGAAAGGCAUUUUUUCCUAUCCUGAUUUCACAUGCAUUCUUAAUCAUGUUUUCAGAUUGCCUUCUGGCUUAAAAUAUAGCAUUUUGUCUAAUGAGAUUAAUGUGUUAAAAUAGCAAUAAUUUGAAAAAAGUCAUUUCAUCUGAAGAAAAAGAUUUAAUGAAAUAGAAGUUACAUGCAUGCUAAUAUCAUAUGUUAUAAUAAUAUUAUAAAAGGACAUGUAAAAAGUUUCUGAGGAAAUAUGCCACAUUGCAUCUGAUAAAUUUUUAGACAAUUAUGUUUCAAAAGGAAUUGCACUGUUACCACGGUAACUUUUGCAUAGUAUUUUGAAAAUAGUAUUCUGAUCUCUUGUUGCAAUAGUAAAAAAGAAAAGCUAUUUUAAAAUAUGCAUGUCAAAAUGGAUUUAAUUUAGAAAAAUAUGAUCUCUUAUUUUUUCAUCUUUUUAAUGGGAAAUUUAGUAUUAUUUAAAUGAAGACUGUGUGGAUUUUUCUUUUCACUUAAUUGUCUACUAAAGAGCCAGAAUAUCUUUACACAGUUUGACUACAUUUUUCCUCAUUGUUGUUCCAAAGUAUAUGCUGUUAAAGAUAUGCAGUAAUUUAUUUUUCUUCCUCCUUUUUCACAUUUCCAUUCUAAUCAUAUUAAUCACACACAGAUAUUUUCUCCUUAGUCUGUUUGUUUAUAAAUAUAAAUCCUUAGUAUGGCAUAGCCUCUUUGAUUUUUGUCCAGAUACUUUUGCUUUUCCUUUUCUUCAUUUUUUUUCUUUAAAUUGUGGAAUGAGCUGGUAGACAUCUCUGGAGCCAAUAGAUAUCUGCCUCUGAAGAAUGAAACUCAUACUGUGAAUUCUAAAGCAUUCUUCAGAAAAGAUGUUGAGAAUUUGCAAGCAUGUCCCAGGUAAGGCAAGUGGGAUUGCUGGCUGCUGGAUGUCAGCCAUGGAACAAAGAUGUGUGUGCUGCCAAUGGAGACAGGUUUGCAUAUUGUGCUACUCUGGCUAUCUAUAUUUAUCAGUUGGAUCACCGUUAUAAUGAAUUCAAACUUUAUGCAAUUAUGUCUGAACAUAAAAAAACAAUUACAGCAAUCUCUUGGUGUCCACAUAAUCCUGAUCUGUUUGCAAGUGGCAGUACCGAUAAUUUAGUGAUUAUUUGGAAUGUUGCAGAACAAAAAGUCAUUGCUAAACUAGACAAUACAAAAGGAGUGCCUGCCUCUCUUAGCUGGUGCUGGAAUGCAGAUGAUGCUGUAGCAUUUGUUUCCCACAGAGGCCCACUAUUCAUUUGGACCAUAUCAGGACCAGAGAGUGGAGUGACUGUACACAAGGAGGCCCAUAGCUUCUUGUCUGAUAUCUGUAUUUUCAGAUGGCAUACACAAAAAAAAGGGAAAGUUGUGUUUGGUCAUAUUGAUGGAAGUCUAUCAGUUUUUCAGCCAGGUAAUAAAAAUCAGAAACAUGUUUUGAGACCUGAAUCUCUUGAAGGAACAGAUGAAGAGGAUCCAAUUACAGCCCUGGAAUGGGACCCACUCUCUACUGAUUAUCUUCUCGUGGCUAAUUUGCAUUAUGGAAUUCGCCUAGUAGAUUCUGAAUCACUUUAUUGCAUAACAACAUUUAAUUUUCCAAGUGUAGCAGCUUCUAUACAGUGCUUAGCCUGGGUUCCCAGUGCUCCUGGCAUGUUUAUAACUGGAGAUUCUCAAGUGGGUGUUUUACGCAUUUGGAAUGUUUCAAGAACAACACCUAUUGAUAAUUUUAAAUUAAAGAAAACGGGAUUUCACUGCUUACAUGUACUUAAUUCUCCUCCAAGAAAAAAGUUUUCAAUACAGUCUUCAAACAAAAAUCAUUAUACAUCCUCAACAAGUGAAGCAGUUCCACCCCCUAGUUUGACACAGAAUCAAGCAUUUUCUCUUCCUCCUGGUCAUGCAGUGUGCUGUUUCUUAGAUGGUGGAGUUGGUCUCUAUGAUAUGGGAGCCAAGAAGUGGGAUUUUCUUAGGGACUUGGGACAUGUGGAAACUAUCUUUGACUGCAAAUUUAAACCUGAUGAUCCGAAUCUUUUAGCAACAGCUUCAUUUGAUGGUACUAUAAAAGUUUGGGAUAUAAACACAUUAACAGCAAUGUAUACUUCCCCGGGUAAUGAAGGGGUUAUUUAUUCCCUUUCAUGGGCUCCAGGCGGCUUGAAUUGUAUUGCUGGGGCAACUUCCCAAAAUGGUGCUUUUAUCUGGGAUGUUCAAAAGGGCAAAAUGAUACAGCGAUUUAAUGAGCAUGGAAAAAAUGGAAUAUUCUGCAUUGCCUGGAGUCACAAAGAUUCCAAAAGAAUAGCAACCUGCAGUGGUGAUGGGUUCUGUAUUAUCCGAACAAUUGAUGGUAAAGUACUACACAAAUACAAACAUCCAGCUCCAGUGUUUGGUUGUGAUUGGAGCCAAAACAACAAGUAUCUCUGCAAUGGUAUUGUUCCAUCAUGGCUUCCUAUUGGUCUUCACCUCAGAGACAUGAUUGCCACUGGCUGUGAAGACAAAAAUGUGCGUGUCUAUUAUGUAGCCACCAGCUCAGAUCAACCAUUGAAAGUCUUUAGUGGACAUACAGCAAAAGUUUUUCAUGUUAAAUGGUCUCCCCUGAGAGAAGGAAUUCUUUGCAGUGGAUCUGAUGAUGGUUCUGUUCGAAUCUGGGAUUAUACUCAAGAUGUUUGCAUAAAUAUUCUUAGUGGACACACUGCACCGGUGAGGGGAUUAAUGUGGAAUACUGAGAUUCCAUAUCUACUAAUAUCUGGCAGCUGGGACUAUACUAUAAAAGUGUGGGACACUCGGGAAGGAACUUGUUUGGAUACUGUAUAUGACCAUGGUGCAGAUGUGUACGGUUUAACAUGCCAUCCAAGUCGCCCCUUCACUAUGGCUUCUUGCUCCCGUGAUUCUACAGUGAGACUCUGGUCAUUAACACCUUUAAUCACUCCUUUACAAAUAAAUAUUCUGGCAGACAGAUCUUGGGAAGAAAUUAUCGGGAAUACUGAUUGUGUCAUAGAACAAGGCACUCCUCCUCUGUUGUGUGGUAAAGUGUCAAGAGAUAUUAAACAGGAAAUAGAAAAACUGGCUGGUAAUCCUCGAGUGAAAAAAUUAAGAUGGUUUUCAGAAUGUUUAUCACCUCCAGGUGGCAGUGACAAUUUAUGGAACUUGGUGGCUGUGAUAAAAGGGCAAGAUGAUAGUUUACUUCCUCAGAGCUACUGCAAAGGAAUAAUGCAUUUGAAGCACCUGAUUAAAUUUAGAACAUCUGAAGCCCAAGAACUAACAACAGUCAAGAUGUCUAAAUUUGGUGGUGGUAUUGGUGUACCUACUAAAGAGGAAAGACUGAAGGAAGCUGCUGAAAUACACUUGAGAUUAGGACAAAUUCAGAGAUACUGUGAACUUAUGGUUGAACUUGGAGAGUGGGACAAAGCCCUGUCAAUUGCACCAGGGGUCUCUGUGAAAUACUGGAAGAAGUUAAUGCAGAGGAGAGCUGACCAAUUAAUCCAGGAAGAUAAGGAUGAUGUCAUUCCUUACUGCAUAGCCACUGGUGAUGUGAGAAAGCUAGUAAAUUUUUUUAUGUCAAGAGGUCAGCUUAAAGAAGCUCUGCUUGUUGCACAGGCUGCAUGCGAGGGGAAUAUGCAAAACUUGCAUGUUUCUACACCUAAAGGAGCUUCAUAUUCUGAUGAUAUCUACAAGGAAGACUUUGAUGAACUCCUCCACAAAGUCAGUAAAGAACUGGCAGAAUGGUAUUUUCAGGAUGGUCGAGCAGUACUCGCUGCAUGUUGCCAUCUAGCUGUAGAUAAUAUUGAGCUUGCUAUGGCAUACCUGAUUCGUGGAAAUGAACUGGAGUUGGCCGUCUGUGUGGGAAUGGUACUAGGAGAAUCUGCAGCACCAGCAACUCACUAUGCCCUAGAAUUACUGGCAAGAAAAUGCAUGAUGAUUCCAAUAUGCUUUCCAUCUGUUGGAUACAGGAAUUUGGCAGCCGAUCUUCUCCUGAUGAUUCCUGAUAAUGAACUACAUUUAGUAAAACUCUGUGCUUUCUACCCAGGGUCUAUUGAAGAAAUAAAUGAUAUUCAUGAGAAGUGCAAACUCCCCACAGUAGAAGAAUGUAUGCAAUUAGCUGAGACAGCCCAUGCAGAUGGCAAUGUAUUUGAAUCUAUAAAGUAUUAUUUAUUAAGUCAAGAACCUGAAAAAGCCCUUCCUAUUGGUAUUGACUUUGUCAAAGAACACCUCAGUAGUUCAAAUUGGACAUUGGAUACCAUUUAUCCCAUUCUUGACCUGUUGAGUUAUAUUCGUACUGAAAACUUAGUCUUGCAUACAUGCACUGAAGCUCGAAAUGAGUUGCUUAUAUUAUGUGGUUAUAUUGGUGCAUUAUUGGCUAUCAGAAGACAGUACCAAAGCAUUGUUCCAGCACUUUAUGAGUACACAAGCCAGCUAUUAAAACGUCGAAAGGUAUCAGUUCCCUUAAAAAUUGAACAUCUUUCCGAGGAACUGGAUGCAUGGAGAGCUUGCACACAGCCCACCAAUCAAUCAGAGGAAUCGCCAUAUACACCCCCUUCUGAUUCACAAAGAAUGGUUUAUACAACUUUAUUAAAGAAACUAAAGGAAGAACCACUCAAAGGAAUUAUUGGACCAGAUUAUGUGACUGGAUCAAAUCUCCCAAGUCAUUGUGACAUUCACAUGUCUUGUCUUACGGGAUUAAAAAUCCAGGGCCCUGUAUUUUUCCUUGAAGAUGGGAAAUCUGCUAUUUCAUUGAAUGAUGCUUUGAUGUGGGCAAAGGUGAAUCCAUUCUCACCUUUAGGAACUGGACUACGACUCAAUCCAUUUUGAUAGAAGAUUUUUGUUCAUGCUUAAAUUAUUUUUUAAAAGAAGAACUUUUGUAGAUUAGUAUUACCUUGGUCUUGAUCAUCCAAGAGCCAAAGGUUGGGAGGAGGAGUGGUGGUUGGGAACAGUGGGAAACAGUAGUUACUUUGAUUCAUUAACUUCAAAAAAUAAAAUAUUUAUAUAAUUUAAAGGAAAAACAGGUGUGUCUCCUUUAUAAAUUGUAACAGCAACAUUAGGAUGAAGUCAUAUUUAAAUUAUAAAGGACUGAAUAAUCUAAAAAAGAAUAUAAAUUUCACAAAGCAUAAAAAGUACCAAAAUAUUAUAUCAUUGAAACAUAAAUAGUGCAUCACCUAGAAUAGUUCUUGGCAUAAAGUAGUUAAUGAAUAUUUGAAUAUCUGAAUAUCUUGAAAGAUCAAAAUGUAAGGUAUGCACACCUGAUCUUCAAAUAACAAACACUCAUAUUGUCCUUUAUAAAAAUGUAUAGAAAAUCACCAAUUCUAGCUCAUCUUUCAUAAGUUCUCAUUUAUAAAUUUAGUAAAUGUCAAUAAAUGGAUACCAAUCAAAAUAGAGGUUCACUUAUCUAUCUAUCAUGGAAUUUUGUAUUAAACAUAGGAGCACAAUACCACUGAGCUACACCCCAGCCUUUUUAGUUUUGAGACAGGAUCUCACCCAAGUUAGCCAGGUUACCCUCAGACUUGUGAUUCUACUGCUUCAGUCUCCUGAGUAGCUGCACCCAACCUGAAUUUUAUUUAUUUUUUAAUGAAAAUGCUACUGUGUUUUUAAUCCAAAGUUCAA